ACUGAUACCUAACUUGUCCGUGCAUUGAGAAUCUUAUGUCAGAAGCAUAUGUACGGCUUACCCCUCGCGGUGCAGAUCUUCCAGAAGGGGAUGUUGUUGAUUACCUUCCACUGUCCUGUCUUCGGAUAUAGUCGACCAGCGCGCACCGGAAGUAUGCAACUCAGGGCGGACGCCCUUCUAGGUGCCAUCUUCGUGAUAGGACCAUCGUGAGCUGUGUAUAUGGAGCACUAUAUAAUGCCUGGUGUCUCCGUUGAGAAACCAACACGAGCAGCUCACCCAUUAUGAUUUACUCAGUUACUCGCCUGUUCUUCAUUGUUGUUGUUGUCGUUGUCCCUUCUGUUUAUGCCCACAUUGCCUUCUGGCAUCCGAGCAUGUGGGGCUUCAACGUCACAGAUAAGGACCCAGCGUAUUCUUACGACAACCGUCCUGUUGUCCCCCUGGCGCGCAUGACGUUUAACGAGUGGUGGUUUCACAACCACCUUCGGUAUCCUCCGCACCCAAAUGAUGUCUUUGAACUGCCCGCCGGGAAAGCUGCCGUUGCAGAACUCGGGUGCAACAAGGGCGCGACGACAUGGUGGAAUUCGUCCGAAGGCGGAGAUGUUCGUCAGGGGGACUGGCCUUGCCCCAGAUCCACUUCUGUCCAGUUCCAUACCACAGGCAUCGACGACGUAAAAGGUUGUGCACUUGCCAUUGUUUAUGAAUCGGACGUCAGCAAGAUCAAACCAGAGGACUUUACAGUCUUUAGCGUCAACCAGACUUGCGUCUGGCACAGAUUCACCACAUUCCAGGUUCCCGCUGACAUGCCUGCCUGUCCCGGCGGAAAAUGCACGUGUGCAUGGUUCUGGAUCCACUCUCCUGAUAGCGGUUCUGAACAGAUGUAUAUGAAUGCCUUCCAGUGCACAGUAGCGGGUUCUAAGCACGAUGCACCAGCUCUCAUGAAGCCUCAAGUUGCAAGACGCUGCGGAGCAGAUCCUGAACACGGAAUUACCCACCCCACCCCUAGCAACUGUACGCACGGGGCGAAGCAGCCAUUGUACUGGCUGCAAGAUGAAGGCAACAACAUGUUUGAGGACUAUAUGGGUCCUCCUUUUUAUAACGACCUUUAUGAUUUUAAAGAUGGAGCUCAGAACGACAUAUUCAUGACAAACACGAAAAAUGCUGUUCAGAGUCAAAAGCGGGAUAUAUAUCAGCCGUCUCGCUUCUCAAGGUUUUGGGGCAAUGAACUUCAUGCUUCGAGGGAGACGAUGAUAGAGGGCAUUUAGGAAGGAUGCAUUGUAUGCACUUACCUUGUAUUUUGGAAUCACUUCGGACUUCAUGCGGAAAAAUGUGCACUAUGACU